UUUGUCGUCUAGUAGUAGUCAGUAGAGAAAUCACACUUCUCUCCGGCGGAAAUAAAACCUCCUCAGAAAUUGAUUCUCAUCUCAAUUGAUUGAAGGAAGUAAUGUAUUCGCUUUCGAGGAUUCUCCGAAGGAGUCGGAGUUAUAGCUUUGCAUCCACUUCGUUUGGUGCGGUUAGUAAAUUAGAAGAAGUAUCAAGUUGUGACAAAGAAAGGGUCUUCAAAUCAUCUGGAUUGAUUUACAACAAAUCUCAAGGUUUAAUCAGACUUUAUACCACAAGAAAUGUGUUUUCACGCUUCUUUGGCAUCAAUAAGCUUUCUUCUGUAGCCGAUGCUGGAGACAAAGGAGUUGAGGAAGUUAAGGAAGAGGAGCUGUCUGAAUCAGAGGAGGUGCUUCCUGUUUCUGGGGAUGUAACAGAGGGAGUUGCUCAUAAUGGUUCUUUAUUCGAGUCUGAGCUUGGUAAUGAUGUAGAAGCGUCCGCUGAUGAUGAUCCUGAAAUCGAAGUAGGGCAUUCAAAAGAUGGGAAAACAACAAAGAAAAGAGUGAGCUCUGAGCUGUAUGAAUCUAUUGUUGCCUAUAAAUCUGUGAAGCAUGUUCUUGAAAAAUGGGUCAAAGAAGGGAAAUGUUUGAGUCAAGCUGAGGUUUCUAUUGCUAUACAUAAUCUGCGUAAACGCAGAUUUUAUGAUAUGGGUUUGCAGCUGUGGGAGUGGCUGCGAGCUAAUACCCAAUUUGAGUUCACAGAGGCAAACUAUGCUUCUCAACUGGAUUUGGUGUCUAAAGUACAUGGUCUACAAAAAGCCGAAAACUUUUUGAAGGAUAUUCCUGAAACUUUGAGGGGAGAAGUAGUGUACAGAACCCUGCUGGCAAAUUGUGUACUUAAGCACCAUGUGAACAAAGCCGAAGACCUUUUUAAGAAAAUGAGAGAACUAAAAUUUCCAACAAGCGUGUUUGCUUGCAACCAGUUGCUUCUCCUCUACAGUAUGCAUGAUAGGAAGAAGAUAGCUGAUGUUUUGUUACUCAUGGAGAAAGAAAACGUCAAGCCGAGUCGUGGUACCUAUCUGUUUUUAAUCAAUAGUAAAGGUUUAGCCGGGGACAUAACUGGAAUGGAGAAGAUUGUGGAGACAAUGAAGGAAGAAGGUAUUGAGCUUGAUCCAGAACUACAGUCUAGCCUGGCUAAGUACUACAUAAGAGGAGGGCUUAAAGAGCGAGCGCAAGAAGUUAUGAAGGAAAUGGAAGGGAAAGGCUUGAAACAAACUCCAUGGGUGUGCCGUUCAUUACUCCCUCUUUAUGCAGACAUAGGAGACACUGACAAUGUGAGAAGAUUGAGUAGGUUUGUUGAGGAAAAUCCGAGAUAUGAUAAUUGCAUUUCUGCCAUUAGAGCAUGGGGAAAGCUGAAGGAAAUUGAAGAAGCAGAGGCAGUGUUUGAGAGGCUUGUGAAGAAGUAUAACAUUUUUCCUAUGCUACCAUAUUUUUCCCUCAUGGAGAUAUACACAGAGAACAAGAUGCUAGCGAAAGGUAAAGAACUGGUUAAAAGAAUGGGAAAUGCAGGAAUUAAGAUUGGCCCUUCAACAUGGCACGCACUUGUGAAGCUCUACGUCAAAGCGGGAGAAGUUGGAAAAGCUGAAUUGAUAUUGAACAGAGCGACAAAGGAUAAAAAGAUGAGACCUAUGUUCAUUUCUUACAUGUUGAUUCUUGAGGAAUAUGCAAAAAGAGGCGAUGUUCAUAACGCGGAGAAGGUUUUCCUGGGGAUGAAAAAUGCAGGCUAUGCAUCUCAGCUUAUGCAGUAUGAAACCGUUCUCUUGGCUUAUAUCAAAGCCAAAACUCCUGCUUAUGGGAUGAUUCAGAGGAUGAAGGCAGAUAACGUGUACCCGAAUAAGACUCUUGCUGUGAAACUGGCUCAGGUUGAUCCAUUUAGAAAGAGUCCAGUGUCUGCUUUACUUGACGAAUGACCAGAAUCAUCAUGUGUAUUGAGCUGCUAAGUUUUUGUUCUGAUUGCUGCUAAGCUAGGGAAUAUAAGAAACAGAGUGUUCAUUUUCAGUCAAAUCAAAUUUCUUGCUUUGUUUUGUGUAAUUUCAUGUGGUUUUACAAGCGACAUUCUAAACAACAAACAGUAGUUGAGGCAGACUUCAGGCCAAACAUGAGAAUAGUGUUGAAGGCUCUUCAGCCUCUGCUCCUUAGACUCCGCAGAGGAACCCGUAUUGAUAUGCUCGAAUAUGACUUCACCCCUUAUGAUCACUAUAUCAUUUGGGUUUUUUAAAA